GAAGACUCGCCGUUGUUGUCUGUAUCAGCAUUUAAAAACUAAUCCAGCAGUGAGGUGCACCUGCACGCAGAUUAGUUUUAAUCCAGACUAAAAAGAUCCAGUCUGUAUUUUUGUGUGGAGGCAUUUGGGUGAAAUUACGCAAAGGCUGCAAUGGAGAUAAUUAAACUCGUUUUGAUAGUUGUCCUUCUUCUAACAAAUGUUUUCUGUCAAGAUAUGGAUGCUGAGAACUGGAGAGAAACCAUCAGAGAGAACAAAUGGCCAGACUCUGAACUAAUUCAAGGUAUAGUAAUGAGAAUGAACAGAAAACCAGGACCACGCCGAUAUCUCGGGCUCUCGGGGAAGAAAGACUCUGCAAAGACGCGUGCAGCACGUAAACGGCAUAAAUUUCAAACCUUUGUGGGUCUGAUGGGUAAAAGGAGCUUUGAUGAUCAAGGAGCCCUGUGAGCUGCACAGAAGACUGAGGAUCCAAGUUUCUCCUUUCAGAUUGACUACUAAAGGUUUUAUUUGGUUUGUCUGUCAUUGUUUCAUAAGAGUUGUGACACUACCGCCAAUGCUGAUAACAUUUGGUCAAACAGUGCCAUCUAGUGGUGAAAAAACAUGCAUUACAGUUUUAACAGUAAUAUUGUAAUUAUAUUAAAUAAUGUGUUAAAUCACCACCUCACAAUGAGUGUCAAGUUUCCAUAAUAAACCCACCUCACUCCUCAAUAUCAUCACAGGUUUAUUAAGUGACUUUGUACAAUACAAAUGAAAAA